GCUCGUCAAGCCACUUGUGGCGAAAACCUUCGAGGACGGCUGACAAUUCUCGUUUUCUUGUGCGCUAUCGCGACGCGGGUUCAAUUUAUUAUCUACAACCUACCAACACUUGAUCUCGGGGCAAAGCUGAGACCGAAGACAUCCACGCACAGCGAUACCAUAAGACGGUCUUUUGCAGGCGAAGCGCAUCACCGCUCGCAACACUCACAGUCCCCUCGAUUCUCACCCCCAAUCGAUCGAGUCCUCGACCGUUGUUGCCGUCUUCCUCGCACAAUACAACAUCGCCCCCACCCCUCAAACAUCACCCUCCCGUCAUCACAUUCUCAACACCUCCAUAAAACCGAAUCACAAUCAAAAUGGCCAACUUUCUGGCGUCCAUCUUCGGCACCGAGCAGGACAAGGUCAACUGCUCCUUCUACUACAAGAUCGGAGCGUGCCGCCACGGCGACCGCUGUAGCCGCAAGCACGUGAAGCCUUCAUACUCGCAGACUAUUCUGAUGCCGAACCUGUACCAGAACCCGGCGUUCGAUACCAAGAACCGCAUGAACGUGUCGCAGCUUCAAAACCAUUUCGACGCAUUCUACGAGGACAUCUGGUGCGAGAUGUGCAAGUACGGCGAGCUCGAGGAGCUUGUCGUCUGUGACAACAACAACGACCACUUGAUCGGCAACGUGUACGCUCGCUUCAAGUACGAGGACAGCGCUCAGAAAGCCUGUGACGAACUCAACAGCCGCUGGUAUGCCGCUCGCCCCAUCUAUUGCGAGCUAAGCCCUGUCACCGACUUUCGCGAGGCCUGCUGCCGCCUUAACAGCGGCGAGGGCUGCGUCCGUGGUGGCUUCUGCAACUUCAUCCACCGCAAGAACCCCUCACCUGAGCUCGACCGGGAGCUCGAGCUCAGCACCAAGAAGUGGCUUAAGUCCCGCCCCCAGUCACGCAGCCCCACCCGCUCCCCGAGCCCCGAGCCCACCCGAAGACGCUUUUAAAGGACAACUAGGCGCGGGCCACGUUCAGAGAGAGCUAGGCGUUAGCGACGGAAGAAGUAUCGCCAACGGAAGAAGUUUGCUCGCCAUUAGGUAUUGCUAGUGCUUUUGCCUCUACUUGGAACAAGAUCUCACCCGAACGUCGAC